AGACGAAGGCGCUCGUCUGUAAACGUCACAUUUACGGCUGACAUGGUUCACAUUCUUCCUGGUUAUCCCAAACAGUCAGACAAUCCUCCUGAAGUAGUCUUACUGGCAUUUUACUUGAGUCUUCCACAAGGAAUUUCGGAAAGCAGUAUUGUCCCUGAGACGGUAUUACAUAACAUCGUGAUGGGCCAUAAAGAUAGCAUUGGAACAUCCAUUGGAGGUGAAAUCUCAAGUGUCGAUCCUUUCCCAUCCGGCACAGAGCAACAGAAAGACGAGGAAAGCGACAAAGGAAACGACGGAAAGUCAAAACCAACCAACGUUAUUAUUGGGGCGUCGGUGGGUGGUGGACUGCUCUUAAUCAUUAUUGCUGCCAUUCUGAUCGGAUGCAAAAAGACUGACAGGUAAUUCUAGUUUCGCGAUUGUUUUUCGUUUUUUUCACUGACGCGCUCGAAUGCUGUUUAUGUUUGUCGUUUGCUUUUAGUGGAGAAUGUGGUCUGAAAAUAAAAUAUGUAACAAUGCUUUGAUUAUCAAAUUGUAUUUAUCCAGGUUCAGUCAUAACAGACGUGUGGCAAGCCAAGAAGAAUUAAAGCACCGCGAUGCCGCACACAAAUGGACUGUAAGUACUUUUCCUAGAGGCCACGUCGAUCACAUUCAUGCUGUUGAGCAAGCCGUGGAAGUGGAGGAUGUAAGUGAGGAUGACAGUUCGUCUUCUCCAGACAAGAUUCAGCAUGAGAAACAUCCAGCUGUUAACCCGAUCCACGAUAAACCAGCAUCCCGCAUUUAUCCAUCAUUGUCUGGGGAACCGUAUAGCGUGGCAUUUGCGGAAAAGACUGAUUAUACGAAGGCAAGUAAAUCAGAACUCAGUUAUAAUCCAGUCAAGAGCCAAAAAGUAUUCCACGUUAACGAAGCAUUCCAAGAAUCCGAUGUUACCGCCAAUAGAAAUCAAGACAAUGGGUCCAAAUCGCCGCCAAAUGACGCUGAUGGCCCAGAAAAGCUUGAACCCGACAUAGCGUCAAACAAGUCACCUGUAAGCAUCUUAAAAGUACAACCAGAGGACGAGAAACAAGAUGUUGCAGGACAGUCAUCAGCCGACACUAGUAAUGAGGAACGAGAGUCCCAACCAAAGACUGAACAUUCCGUUGAUUACUUAAAACGUUCGAAAGCGAUAGAACUGCAAGUUGUGACGUAAGUUGAACUCUAUGCGCAUGCUACCAACACACGCGCCUGCUAUAUUUUCGGGCAUCGUUUUCGUUUUGAUGCGUUUUCGACCGUUUUUAACUGUCCACACUUAUACGACAUCCAUGCGUUUUAAUCCACUUUCGAUGAAAAUGCUCAGCGUAUCAGUGUGGACGGAAGGCCUAAACGCAUCAAAAUUUAUGCCUUUACAAACGAAAAGGCAUUAGUGUGGACGGGGUUUUGAAGAGUAGGUCAAAGCUUUCAUUUUUCUGUAGAGUUUUCUAAGAAAGUAAAACGGUGAGGCUUGUUUCAUACAAUCCGAUAAGAACUUUCGCCUCCGAGUAAGAAUGCGAACAUUUACCAUGGAUUGUUUAAGUUAGCUAACAAUAGUUUUUAGUGGCAGUCAACAACUCUUAUGAAUGGUUCGUGUGCUACUUCUCUUGGUCAUCAUAGUUCACGGUGCACUCACUAAAGGCGUCAGGAAAUGAGCCCAGUUAUUUGUUAACACAACAUUAUGGCUAUUCUUUGCAUUUCAGCUUACAAUAUUAGCAACAGUGCAACCAGUUACAGUAAAAUUAGUGCUUAAAACAAUUAGUAACGUUAAGGC